ACGGCGUCGUAUUUGCCAAAAAAACUUUUAACAUUCUAAACGGCCCGCAAGAGAGUCGUGCACGAUAACUAGAAGCAGUUGAUGGCAACGGUCAAAUAUAGCGCCAGAGGCAGGGGAUUAUGAGCUUAGCCUCCACGAUCCGUCUCUCCUACUUCCACUCUUCGCUGAAAUCUUACAUUGAAAGGCAAGACUCAAAAUCUGCACUGCUUCUUUUGCGCCAGUUUUUGCAGUCCACCGUGAAACCAAAUGACUUCACGUUCUCUUUACUUCUUAAAUCCUAUGCGUCAUCUUCCUCGGCUUUGAAUCCGAUAAUUGCGAAAAUAGAAGUCAAUCAAACCCGAAACCACUUGGUUAAAUCGGGUAUUGAUCAGUUCGUGUAUGUGAGCACUGCUCUGCUCGACUUGUACAUGAAACUGGGAUGCGUGGAAAGUGCACGGGGAGUGUUCGGCGAGAUGCCACAAAGAGAUGUUGUGUCGUGGAAUGCUUUGCUUUGUGGGUACUCGCGAAAUGGGUAUGAUAUUGAUGCCUUGGAUCUCUUUGUUCAAAUGCUUAGGGAGGGUUUGGCUCCUCAGAUUACCACAUUGGUUGGCUUGAUUCCUUCUUGUGGGAGGUGUGAUAAUUUGUUUCCAGGAAUGUGCAUUCAUGGAAUGGGGAUUAAGGCUGGCAUUGAUUUUGAUUCUCAAGUAAAGAAUGCACUAACUUCGAUGUAUGCUAAAUGUGGGGACUUGGGAGCCGCAAAACUCUUGUUCGAAGAGAUGGAGGAGAAAACUGUUGUUUCUUGGAAUACCAUGAUUGGUGCCUAUGGCCAAAAUGGUUUCUUUGAUGAGGCUUUGCUUAUGUUCAAGCGGAUGCUGGAGGAAAGUUUUGAAGUAAAUUCUGUUACAGUACUGAAUCUUCUGUCAACAAGUAAUUGUGCAGAACUAAUUCACUGUUAUGUGAUUAAAUCUGGACUUAACAAUGAUGUUUUUGUAAUUACUUCGUUAGUCUGUGUGUAUGCAAAAUGUGGGGAUACAGUAUCUGCAGAACUGCUUAAUAUGUUGUCGCCACAUGAUAAUUUGGUAUCCUUGACUGCAAUUAUCUCCAGCUACGGUGAGAAAGGAAAUAUAGGUUUGGUAGUGGAGUAUUUUUCUCGAGUUCAGAAGUCGGGCUUGAAAAUGGAUGCCAUUGCUAUGGUUAGUAUCCUUCAUGGGAUUAAAGACCCUGCUCAUUCAAAUGUUGGGAUUGCUUUUCAUUGUUAUGCAAUAAAGAGUGGGUUGUGCAUCAAAACUCUGGUUGCAAAUGGCCUGAUAAGCAUGUACUCCAACUUCAAUGACAUAGAUGCUGCUUUGUCUUUGUUCUAUGAGAUGCCUGAAAAACCUUUGAUUACUUGGAACUCUGUUAUCUCUGGCUGUGUGCAGGCUGGAAUGGCCAGAGAGGCCAUGGAGGUCUUCUGUCAGAUGAUGAUGUUCGGACAAUCUUCUGACUCCGUUACAAUUGCUAGUUUACUGUCCGGUUGCUCUCAGCUUGCAUACUUGCAGUUUGGGAAGAGACUUCAUAGCUAUGUCCUUAGACACGAUCUGGAAACAGAAGAUUUUGUAGAAACUUCGCUUAUAGACAUGUACACCAAGUGUGGCAGUAUAGAGUGUGCUGAAAGGGUUUUCAAAAGCAUAAACGAGCCAUGUUUGGCUACAUGGAACACAAUGAUCUCAUGCUACAGCUUAAAUGGGUUUGAACGUAAAGCUCUCACUUGUUACAUUGAAAUGCUGGAGCAGAGGAUAGAACCUGAUAAAAUAACAUUUCUGGGGGUGUUAGCUGCUUGCACUCAUGGAGGUCUUGUUCAUGAAGGGAAAACAUGCUUCCAGGUCAUGACAGAGCAAGUUGGAUUGGUUCCAAAUUUGCAACAUUGUGCAUGCAUGGUUGGUCUUCUUGGUCGCGCAGGCUUAUUUGAGGAGGCAAUGUCCUUUAUCCAGAAUAUGGACAUUGAGCCUGAUUCUGCUGUGUGGGGUGCUUUGUUGAAUGCUUGCCGCAUCCACCAAGAAAUCAGGCUCGGGGAAAGUUUGGCCAAGAAGUUAUAUUUACUGGACUACAGAAAUGGGGGCCUCUAUGUGUUGAUGUCAAAUCUUUAUGCAGCAACAGGGAGAUGGGAUGAUGUAGAAAGGGUGAGGAAGAUGAUGAAAGGCACUGAAGGAGAUGGAUGUACCGGUGUUAGCCAAAUUGAGGUGACUUCAUUUUAUGAAAUAAAUAGAACUUAUACAGCAGUGACAUGAACAUUUUAGGUGAGAUUUAGGUACCGUCUGUUGUCAAGUUGAACCCACUAAUCCUCUGGCUUCGGGUAUUUUCACGUUCAUCUCAACUACUCAAAUUUUCCGCUGGAGUUCUUCCUAUUCGACUGUACAUGCUUGACAGGCUGAGAGAUGCUCAAACGGGUGAUAAACGGUAUUUGUAGGUAACCGGUCAAACAAAACUACCACCUGCAUUCAAAACCCUACAAACAGUGAAACGAAGCCAAAACUGAUUUGGUGAUCAUGAUAUUGGAGAAACCUAUACAUAGGAGUGAAGGUAUUAUUUCACUGUACCUGGUGUCUAUUAAGAAGGACGUCAUAUAUGGUCUUGCUGCAUUUGAAGAUGCAAGGAUGGUGAUUGUAAGAUGGAAUACGUUGUGCAAUUAAAGAACACUAUAAUUUGUUAAUAAUUAUAGAGACAGGGGUAAAAGUUUGUUAUUAGAUGGUUUAUUCCUAGGACCUGAUUCUGAUUAGCCAGCAAAUACUCUCUCUCUCUCAGACACACACAUACACAUUUAAUUUGGAAUGUUUUCCUGAAGAAGUUUCGCCAUUAUUGCUCCUUGUCUAACUUGGUCUGUUCUUGGCUUAAUGCAUACUGAUUUUUAUUGCUGGCAGAGAACA